AUGGCUACUGCUGACAUUAUUCAAACUGAAGACUUGAAUAAACAAUCUUAUGUCGAUGAUGGUUGCCCCUCUAAAUAUUCUUUAAAUGAAUCAGAAACAAUACGAGAAGUUCGAAUUCGUAGUCUUUCUCAUUGGCCACGUUUUAUACCAAAUAAUGAAUCAAUGAUAUCUGCUGGUUGGUUUUCAUGUAAUGUUAAUGAUCGAGUUAUUUGUAUAUAUUGUAAUACAAUAUGUCAUGAAUGGACAAAUAAUGAUGAUCCAGCUGAAGUUCAUAGAAGACUUGCUCCAAAAUGUCCAUUUGUUAUUUCAAUGCCUUCAGUAAAUAAUUCACCGAAAAUAAUUAAUGAUACACUUGAAGAAAAAUUUCAACCAUCUCAUCCAACAAUGGCUGAAAUAUCACUUCGUGCUGGAUUCUUUUUUACUGGUGUUAACAAUUCAAUGACAUGUUUUUAUUGUAAUGGUUCAAAACAUAAAUGGGGUCCAAAAGAUAAUCCUAUGAUUGAAUAUGCUCGUUGGUUUCCUCAUUGUACUUAUGCUAAACAUUUAUGUGGAAAGCAAUUAUAUGAAAAAAUUCAAGCAUCGAAAAAAAAAACUAAACAUAAACGAAAAUAA